UACAAAUUUCAUAUAUAAAAAUCAAAUAGAUUUUCUUCUCAGUAAUCGAAUUAUUAAAAGGCGCAGCAUUAAUUAGAAUAACAUGGCCUCAGGCAUUGAGGUUGCAAUAGAGUGCAAGAGCAUCUUCGAGCAGAUACGCAAGAUGAAGCAAUAUCGCUAUGUGAUCUUUGUCAUCAAGCAGGAACGAGAGAUCACUGUGGAGGUUAUUGGGGCCCGAGAUGCUGCCUAUGAUAACUUCCUGGACGAUCUGCGUAAGGGUGGGCCGGAGGAGUGCCGCUAUGCGGUCUUCGACUACGCAUAUCAUCAUCAGUGUCAGGGGGCCUCCUCGACGUGUUUAAAGGAGAAGCUAUUCUUGAUGUUAUGGUGCCCAAUGCAGGCCAAGAUCAAAGACAAGAUGCUCUACUCCAGCUCCUUUGCUGCGCUUAAAAAAGAAUUCAAUGGCGUUCAGAAGUACAUACAAGCCACCGAAUUGGAAGAGGCCUGUCGAGAGUGUGUCGAGGAACAAUUGCGCGUUCUAGACCGAGACUAAGAUGUACACUGUAGUCAUCGGACAGAUUUUUUUUUGGCCUAAAUUGACAUUCAAAUUGUUGAGUUGCAUAUUAUGGAAUUAACUUUUAUCUUCUCGGUUGUCAAAGUAUUAUUUCAGCGCUAUAUAUAAAGAUUGCAAGUAUCCUUUCAUCUUAAGUGUA